AUUUGGUCAUUGGGAUGGUUACUCCAUGAUCUCUGCAUGCUGGAUGUGUGGUCAAAUAGCAUAAAGCGCUGCUGUGCACAUGCUUUCAGCAUGGAAGGAACCCCGCCUCGCAUCUCAAAGAGAUACUCAAAGAAUCUUCAGGAAUUAAUCAGACAAAUGCUCAGCUGUGACCCUAAAGACAGACCAUCAGCUGAUGAGAUUCUAGCAAAACCAUUCCUGGAAGAUGCAGUAAAGAGAAACAAGAGAAUUCCAGCAGUACUUGAGCAAAAAUGGAUUGAGUCAAUCAGCACCUUUAAUGAGGCCUACAACAAGCAUUAUACAGAAUUUGAGAACUUGUUCAGCCAGUGGGGAGAAACAGCAGAUUUACUAGAAGAAGGACAUUACAAGACCAUAUCAGCAAGUCUGGCAGGUGCUGUGAUUGGAGCAGCUGGAGGAAUCACUGCAUUAGUUGGUGUAAUAUUAUCACCUUUCACUUUCGGAGGAUCUUUGAUUGUUACGUCUGAAGGUGUUGGAGUCGGUGUUGCAGGUGGUGUAAUCGGUGCUGCCACCAACAUUGCAGAUACAGUAAAACAAAAAGAACUCCAUGAGAUCCUUAAAAAACUCAAAUCUUACAUUUAAAAUGGAAGAGAACUGAUUUGUUUACUUGAAUUAAAAGAGUUAAUAGGAAAACAUAUUUAAAUUCCAUGAUUUUGCCAGUACCUCAACUUCAGAUAAUGUGAGAUGAUCAUGGGAGAUUGCUGUUCAGUCUGCCAAAAUUGAACGCACAUCAGUAGCAUUAUCAGGUGUGUUGAGAGGACUCUUGGUUAUUGCACACACUGAACAGAUGAGAAAGCAGUGGAAAACAUAUGAUCCAGAAAAGGUCUCAUCCAGUGUACUCAAGGCCACUGCAGAGGUAAGGAAAACUCACAAAGAUCUUCUUAAUGUUUUAGAGGACAUCCAAAAAACACGCAAGGUUUGGAUGGGAAAAAAAAAAAAAGAGACAAAAUUGUCCAGGGUUGACAGAGACCACAUAUAAAUAUACCACCAGCCAGAUUUGCACAACAUCCUGCAGAUUUGUCACUGAGCUCAGGUGACAGGUGAGAAAGAACAAGGGUUUUGCAGAAAAUUAUUUCAGUAUGUAAGACAUUGUAUUGAGCCAAACAAUUGGUGUGUAUGUGGCCUGUAUAUUAUGUAUGCAUGUAUGAUCUAUACUGUACAUAUCUACUACUAUAUUUCUAAUAAUUACGUAGUGCUGUUGAUUACAUACUGGUUUCAGGUUUUGUUUUCGGAUUUGUUUUAAUAAAUUACUAUUAGAAGAUUAACAUAAACACAGAAACUAAAUUUUUUGAAGGAUCUCAGGAUUCUUAACAUCCUGUGUGUUGCUUCAAGAGAGCAACCAUACAUGUUGUUUUAUUUUCAUUUAUUCUUCAUUUAUGAUCAUUUAAUCAUUUUAUUGUUCCAUUUAAUCAUAUAAUCACCUAAUUAUUUGAAACUUUUUUUUUUUUGUCAUUGAUUAUAUAUUUUAUGACUUAUUUGUAUUAUGUUAGUAUAUAUACAAUGAUGUAAAGCAGUAAAAUUUUUAAUUGCUGCUCUUGUUGUAUAAUAACACUUGCUUCUACUUUUCUUUGGCUUAAUCAAUCAACUUCUUGGCUGACAGAAGACUAUUAAUACAGCAAAAAAAAAAAAAAAAGAAAGAAAUUGUUAAUGGGUUUGAGGUUUUAGACAACUUUGCUGACAAGUUGUUCUGUUACCAGACUAAAUGAAUAUUUUUUGACAGGAUCAGGUGUCCAGGAUUGCAUCUGAUAUUUCUGGCAUGGAGGCAUGAUCUAACAAGAGUUAUAUUGUAGUAUUAGUUGUAAAAAUGUACAUACAAUUUAUUUUUCUUUCUUUCUUUCUUUUUAUUAUUUUUAUGUUUUAUUUUAUUUUUAGUAAGUUUCUAAAAUACUGUCACAUGCAAAAAAAAAAAAAAAAAAAAAAAAAAAUAGGAUCUUAAAAUGUAAAUAAUUAACUGGGCAUGGAUGUUUCCAUGUGCUUUUUUUGUUUGUUUGUUUUGUUUUUGCUUUUGUUGUUUUUUGUCUGUAGGUGUGACGGAUGAAAAUAUGUAUAGUUAUAUUAAGAAAUUCAUAAAUACUGUAAAAACAUUGAAAGAAUUUAUUUUGAAAGAAGUUAUUUUGAAUUCAUUUAAAAGGGUUCAUCAAAUGUAAAUAUGUUAAGUAUGUAAAAUUAAGUAUGUUAUGUUCGUCAAUCUGUGAUCAAUUAGUUUAGUCCAAUAAAUUGUGCAAUCGAUUACUAGUGCCUUGUCCAACACUAGGGGGAGAACUCGCGUCGUUUCUCCAUUAUGCAUAAAGUUGGCAGUGGAGAAGCAUCGUCGAGUUUGAUUGAUUAAUUCUCUCCCCUUUUUCAGGUUUGCCUUAUUAAUUAUUCGUUAAACUAGUGUGAGUUGAUGUUGUGAAAUGUUUAAGAGUGUGCAGUAGGGAUGUGCCAAACGAGGCUUUUGAAUCAGUGAGGCUUUUACAACAAAGUGCGUUGAUGCUUCGAAGCUUUUGAUACAGUUCUCUACUACGCCAUCUGCUGGUCAAUAAAAAUUCUUACACAAAAUGUGUCAUUUAGAUGUUUCGUUCAUUGGGGUCUUAUUGUAAGGUUUAUUUGUGAAUUUUAUAAGCAUAUAUGUCAUUAGCAAGGUGGCGUGUGUGUGCAGCAAUAGGGUUUCCAAAAUGUAUUGUAUUUUGCACAAUACAAUGACAAAGACUUAAUACGCCAAUAGAUUAAACUAACGUAAUUUUUCAUUGCACCAUUUUUGUUUUCCUUACAAUAGAACACAAACAUGCACAUUGUUAAAAAAAAUGCACAAAUACAAAUGCAAUUAUUACAUUUUAAUAAUAAUAAUAAUAAUUAUAUAUAUAUA